CUGGCGUGGACGACGUUUCAAGUUGACGUGGAUGCAUGUCUAGCGAACUGGUGUUUAGUUUUUUUUGUCCUUAUCACGGUUUGUUGCGACAUCAUUUCAAUCGAUGAAAGUUUUUUAUUUACUGUUAGUUACCUUUUCAAAAUGUCCUCUGUUGAAGAUGGUGAAUGUAGUCGCGGCUUGUAUCAACUCAACAAAUUCGAGAAACUGUCGGGGAGGCCUCCCAUCAGAGACUCAGGCUCUAAGAAGAGAGUAAGAUGGCUUCAGGCUCGGCGGAUCUUCUCCCCUUCGUGCCCCAACUUCCGCAUCCCUAAUAGGUUUCUGAGAGAAGGUCACUGUGCCCCCCCGGCCCGCAGCGGGCACCGGUGUGUGGCAGACAAUGCCAACCUGUAUGUGUUUGGAGGAUACAAUCCUGACUUUGAGGAGGCAGGUGGCUCGGAGAACGAGGACUACCCUCUUUUCAGGGAGCUGUGGAGGUUUCACUUCGCCACGGCUACCUGGCAACAGGUCCACACAGAGGGCUACAUGCCCACCGAGCUGGCUUCCAUGUCAGCUGUCUUACACGGCAACAAUCUAUUGGUGUUUGGGGGCACUGGGAUUCCUUUUGGAGAAAGCAACGGGAAUGACGUCCAUGUCUGCAAUGUUCACUACAAACGCUGGAAACUGCUCAACUGCCGAGGGAAGAAACCCAACAGAAUCUACGGGCAGGCCAUGGCCAUCAUUAAUGGCUAUCUGUAUGUGUUUGGAGGGACGACAGGCUACGUGUACAGCACAGACCUACACAGGCUGGACCUGACUACCAGGGAGUGGACCCACCUCAAGCCCAACAACCCCCCUACAGACCUGCCAGAGGAAAGGUACAGACAUGAGGUGGCCCAUGAUGGACAGAGAAUAUACAUCCUAGGAGGCGGGACUUCCUGGACAUCAUAUCCCCUAGACAAAAUACAUGCCUACAACCUAGAGACUAACUCCUGGGAGGAGAUUAUCACGAAACCUCAUGAAAAAAUAGGGUAUCCUGCAGCACGACGGUGUCACAGUUGUGUCCAGGUCAGGCAGGAGGUGUUUCUAUGUGGGGGUUACAACGGGGAGCUGAUCCUAGCUGACCUGUGGAAGAUCAACCUGCAGACCUUCCAGUGGACCAAGCUACCCACCAUCAUGCCUGAGCCUGCUUACUUCCACUGUGCUGCAGUCACACCGGUCAGUACAUCACACACACGCACACUUUUCUGGAUGUACGAUUUUCAAUCACGUCUCUCUCUCCUCCCUCUCCUCUCCCAGGCUGGCUGUAUGUAUGUGCAUGGUGGAGUGGUGAACAUGUCAGAGAACAGGAGGACUGGGUCUCUGUACAAGGUGUGGCUAGUGGUGCCCAGCCUGCUGGAGCUGACCUGGGAGAGGCUGCUAAAGGCCUUCCCUCACCUGGCUCAGCUCUCCUCCCUGCAGCUUCUCAGCCUGGGCCUCACACACACCCUCAUCCAGCGCCUCAAGUAGACCACCAUGCCCUCACGGCUGACGUGGGAACAGGUCAAAGCAAGGACAGCGGUGAAGGCCAACGGAUUGUGGAUGGAACUGAGUUGACUCCCUUUCCUGCCACCACUGGGCAGAGGGACUGAAUGGCCACAAUGAACAAUGGAACAAUGAACAGGUGUGUUGGCAUAUCUGGGAAUGGACUGAGGGAUGAGAAGCGAUGUAUAUUGUGGACAUAACGUCAGGUCAUCCUCAAACAUUGGAUGCCUUUUAAAAAAAUAAAGUUUUUAAUGUGUGCACUUUGACUGAGUUUGAAAUCCCAAGUGGAAUGUUUGAAAUUUGUGUUGGAGUCCCUGGGACCUGGUGUAUUUCAGGGUUUGUUUGCCUUCAUAUUCCAUUAGCCAUGGCUUAACUAGGCGAGCAACUAGGAGAGUGGAGUUUUAGUAGAACUUGGGAGUUCACUGAAUGCUACUUAUUUCACCCUUUUAUGUGUUUGCAUGCAGCUGACCACACUAAUCAUACCCGUUAUCGUGAGUAUUGUUUCAAAGGGCUCUACAGUCUAGGCAAAAGAUCUGCAACGUAGCCGAUGGACGUUAGUUUGCUUAGCUCUCUACGUAGUAUUACGUAUUUUCUUUUUUUUGUGCAGCUGAAUUUUUUAGAACAUGACGCAAACGUAGCUCCGUAGACUGAAAACCACUAUGGAGAGCCCUUAACUCUACUUACUAUUCCUCCCACCACACACAUGCUGUUCAAAAGGGAAUAGCGGAAACUUUAAACUCAGUGGUUUAUUUCCUUAAUGCCUAAAGGGACAUUUUAAUUUGUCUCUUUUGAUACUGUGAUGUAUAGGUUCCUGAGGGAGACAGACCAGGUACAUGAUGCUGAUAGACAUGGUGUCUUGUUUUCUGUAAGGAAGCCCACUGGUAAAGAAACAGCUGCUGCUAUGUCCACUGACCGGUCUAAUACGAAUUGGUCUCAUCUAGCAGGCUGGUGGGGCAAGACAUUGAUUUAGGACAGACAGGGCAAAUCUUGUUCGGUAUACUUCACCUCUUGAGCCAGUGUGACUAUGUGAACCCCCUGUGACAGCACUGUGAUUCUCUAGAGCCUGAGUCUUACAACUUCCGUUCUUAGACACACUGAUCACACACACAGCGGGGAGCGGUGUGAAACUGUACUGUAGCUCCAAAGUGAAAAGAGCUCGCCAUUUAUUUCAUUUAGUGCCUUUUCAGAUCAUUUUUUUCCAGUGUGACAACUGUAUUGGUUUGUGUAGAGUUCUCUCCUUUUACCACGCAUGUGUCCCUGAAGCAUGGCUUUUAACUUUACUCCUAGUCACUGACAACAUGGAAAUGUCCAAAUAGCCCUCCACCAGUCUCUGUUCCCCCAUGCUUUACUAAUCUGAGCCAUUGACCCGCUCAUCUUUUAAUGUUGUCCUCCUUCCACCUAUUCUGUUUACUGACCUUUGGUCAAACCAUUCUGUCCGUUACAGUUCUUUUUAUUUGGGUUUCUGAAUGUCGAUCACGCAUAGUGAACCCUUAACUUGUGAAUUUGGUUGGACAGACUAUGUAUAGACUCAUUUGGUAUGGUGCAGCCCAAUAUGGUGACCGGAGUGUGGGUGUGUCGAAAGGAGUGGGUGUAUGGAAAGUGAAUCAGCUAAUUGGGCAGAUUUGUUGCCACUCGACUGUUUUGCCUGUCAGUUUAAGCCAGUGUGAAUGACUAGUGCACCCGGUCUUGUAUUGCGCCAGCACUACACGGCUGACUCAAAUAACCAAAUCGUCAUUUGUUGAUUUAUUUGAAUCAGCUGUGUAGCGCUGGGGCAAAAACCACAAUGUGCACCUCUUGGGGUCCCCAGGAAACUCUGGUGUAACCUAAUAGCAGAGCGCUACUAUCCUUUCCACUCACCCACUCCGGGCGUCAUAUUGGGCUGCAGCUACCCCCUUCUGCAUUUAUCCUAUUUCUGCUUUUAAAGAUGUGCACCAGUGUCUUCAGGUCAUUUUAACAUUAAACCAAACUGGAGAUGUAUCUGGUGGAAAAACCAAUGAAAUCACGACUCUGCCUUUUCAACAAUGUUGGGUUUAAUCUCUAAUAUCCCACACAUUUUCCCUGUCAGUUAGAAUGAUAGCAUGUAACUCACAUGUCACCUCUGGUCCUCCUUUUUAUACUAUAGUUUCUGCACAGAACACAGGUGCUCAGUCUGAAAUCAAUGCCAAUCCUCUUGCCCCCUGGCUACUACUUGUCGAUCUGGAAGACUAGCGUUGGCUUUUGACAUGUUUCUUACACCCACUCACAUCUUUUAGGAUCAUGAGAAGUAUCAAGGGAUGGUGCCUAAGGGUUGAUUUUUGGACUGGGAAAUUUGCCUUUGCUAUAACUCUAAUUUUUGGGAAAGUGUGGGCUUCUGUAUGAGACACUGCACCCAGUGGUCUAUUGUUUUGUUGGUAAUCUAUGGAAUAGAUUUUGGAACUCCAUGUCAACCUGUGAAUGUAGUCACUUUACACACGCUGUACUGACUGUGGAUGGACAAACAACCCGACUCUGCACAAUUAAAGGCAAUCAUGAUUAUGCUGUCAUGACUCCAUUUAGGUUUUUUAAUUUAAUUGUUUGAAUCAAUAAAUGUACUGUAAGCACUUUUUAAAAACGUUGUUUGACUGGUGUAUUAUUUGGCCUGAAAAUCCAGGUACUAUGUAUUUAAUUUAACUGACUCCCUUUCAAACACAACUUGUUUUGACUUUGUAUUAUACUGAACAAAAAUCUAAAUGCAACAUGUAAAGUGUUGGUCCCAUGUUUCAUGAGCUGAAAUAAAAGAUCCCAGAAAUGUC